GGUUUAGUCUCUUUCCGACGCUGCAUUGGGUCACUUCUCCGCUUCGUUCUCUCUUGCUCAUUCUCUGUGGUGGUGGAACCGGUGCUGAAACCACUUCGUAUCUCUCCGAACCUGUGCGUCUUAUCAGCUGAAAUUAGAGUGCAUUUAACAUUGUCAGCUUUUCGCUGGUGUUUUGUAACAAUUGUUUGCAUUUAAGUGAAGAAACAGCAUUUAACAGGAUGGCUCGCUCGCUGAUGAGACUGGGAAAGUUCCUUGGCCCCAACAACAACCUUCCGGCUGCUGUCGCCGCGGUUCCAUCAAUCUCCGUGAGGAACAGGAGCUCUGAUGCGCGUAUUCAAGCUGUCAAGCCCGUCGUGGAGAUGGACGGAGAUGAGAUGACCAGAAUCAUCUGGCAAUUCAUUAAGGAAAAGCUGAUUUUCCCAUACGUCAAAGUUGAAUGUCUGUACUACGACUUGGGUCUUCCCUACCGGGACCAGACAAAUGACCAGGUAACGGUGGAUGCUGCGCACGCGAUCCUCAAGCACAAUGUGGGUAUCAAGUGCGCCACUAUCACGCCCGAUGAGCAGCGAGUGGAGGAGUUCAAGUUGAAGAAGAUGUGGCUCAGCCCGAACGGAACCAUCCGUAACAUUCUCGGGGGAACAGUCUUCCGCGAGCCGAUCCUUUGCAGCAACAUUCCGCGUCUGGUGCCCGGCUGGACCCGGCCCAUCAUCAUUGGUCGCCAUGCCCACGGGGAUCAGUACAAGGCACAGGACUUUGUCGUUACAAAACCCGGAACGGUGAAAAUGGUUUACACUGCUGACGACGGAACUACACAGGAGUACCAGCUGUUCAAGUACAACGGUGGCGGUGUGGCCAUGGGAAUGUACAACACUGAUGAAUCGAUCGCAGCCUUUGCCCACUCGUCGUUCCAGAUCGCCUUGAACAAAAAGUGGCCGCUGUAUCUGUCCACCAAGAACACCAUCCUCAAGCGUUACGAUGGUCGCUUCAAGGACAUUUUCCAGGAGAUUUACGAAAAGAACUACAAGUCUCAGUUCGAAGAGGCCAAGAUCUGGUAUGAGCACCGUCUCAUUGACGACAUGGUCGCCCAAGCACUCAAAUCUGAUGGUGCGUUCGUUUGGUCAUGCAAAAACUACGACGGUGACGUGCAGUCGGACAUUGUUGCGCAAGGCUACGGUUCGCUCGGCCUCAUGACUUCCGUCCUGAUUUGUCCAGAUGGCAAAACUAUCGAAUCGGAGGCUGCCCACGGAACCGUCACCCGCCAUUACAGAGAACACCAGAAGGGUCGACCAACGUCCACCAACCCGGUGGCAUCGAUCUUCGCCUGGACGCGGGGACUGGAGCAUCGUGCCAAGCUAGACAACACGCCAGAUUUGGGCCGGUUCGCUGCUGCCCUGGAAAAGGCCUGUGUCGACUGUAUCGAGUCGGGCAAGAUGACGAAGGAUCUCGCGAUCUGCAUCCAUGGCGCGAAAAACACCAAGGAGGGAAUGUACCUGAACACGCAAGACUUUUUGGAAGCCAUUUCGGAACAGCUGGAGCGAUCGUGGAAGAAGUAGAUGAAGGAAUGGGGGAUGCAAGAUGCAUUGGCUUGGGGAUACUUUCGACAGAUACUUAAUUGUUAAGCUAGAUAGAUUGGUAAAAUAAACAGAAACUGCCGUAUA